UAACCUAAAAAAAUCUGAAUAAAUUAGACAAGGUCCUUUUUUUAUUAUUAAUUUCUUCACAAAUUUUGCUCAAACAAAAAUAAGACGAGUUCGCUAGUCUGUUUUGCUUCGAAAUAAGAGAGAGUGUAUUGCAUUGUUAAUUAUAUAGUCGCUAGAUAAGGAUAUACAAUGUCAACAACAUUCGCAAGAACAAAUAGCCCCAGACAACCACCAAACCCCCAACAGAUUCAAAAGUUAUUAGAUGAAAAUGGACAUCUUAUACAAACAAUUCAAGAAUAUCAAAGUAAAGGGAAAGCUCAAGAAGUUAUGCAGUAUCAAACACAGUUGCAUAGAAAUUUGGUAUUUCUAGCAACUAUUGCUGAUAAUGCACAGAAUGUUAAUUCUCUAUUACCGAUGAUACAGCCUCCAGGACCUGGCGGUCCCCCUCCGGGACAGCCAGGAGGUCCUCCACCACCAGGGCAGCCACCAGCACAUGGUCCUCCUCAACCUCCUGCACAAGAACAGCAACAUAUGAACAAUUACAACCAUCAGCAACAACAACCCCCACCCGGCGGGUAUAGGCAACCAGCUGGUCCACCACCCCAACCUGGAAGACCUGCAGCUGGUGUUCCUCCAGGAGGUCCUGCUCCACAUCCAGGAUAUCCCCAGCGUGGAUACCAACAGGGUCAGUAUCCUAAUCAGUAUCCUCCACAAGGUCAGGGAUACCCUCAAGGUCAAUACCCUCCACCCAAUCAACCACCUAUAUAUCCACCAAAUACGCAAGGUAAUUACGGACAACCACCCCCAACCACUGCAGCUCACAACUCUUAUCAACAACCAGGAUAUGGAACUCCACCACCUUCUUCAGGUGCUCCUCCCCAGGGUCCCCCAGCUGGUCCAUAUCCACCUCCAAAUCCUCCGCCACCACAAUCUCAACCAGGACCCUAUGGUGCUCCUCCAAAUGGUCCGGCACCAUACUCGGGGGCUCCGCCUCCACAAAAUUAUCCACCACCUCAAGGUGGUUAUCCACCCCCACAACAAGGAUAUGCACCUCCUCCGCCUCAGCCAGCGCAGCAACAAGGUCCCCCUCCACAAGGACCCCAGCCUGGUCCAUACGGUCCUACUCCUGGACAAGCACCUCCAAAUCAGACACCUCCUCCACAAAACUAUGGCCAAAGUAAUGCUCAAUCUCCACCGUUUUCGGCUCCAUCUUCAAGCAAUCCCAGUCCAGCUGUUAGUACAGCGUCGCCUCCGUCUGGUCCUGGAGGUCCAGCUCCCCCUCCAGCAUCACAGCCCUACCCCUCACAGCCACCAUACAACCCGAAUUCUCAGACCAAUCCAAAUGCUGGUUACACACCACCACCGCCAAACCAAUACCCACCUUAUGGACCACCUUCAGGCACCAACUACCCCCCUCAACCGAAUUACCCGCCACAGCCGCAGUACAGCCAACAGCCUCAGGGAUACCAAUAUCCAAGGCCGCCGGCUGGCCAAGGACCACCGGGUCCACCGCCCCAAGGACAGUACGGGUAUAAUUACCCGCCACAGCCUAACCCACAGUAAGAGGUUUUGGGUUGGGUUCUCUAACUGUCUAUUACAAAAAACGUCCGGAAUUUCAAUGCAUGAAAACUAGGUUGUACAACUUUAUUUGUGAAGCAAAAUGACAGGUCAACUGUCACUAUCAAGUAUCCUCUGGUUGGACAGAUUUAAAUUCACUGGUACUCCAGAUAAAGUAGAUACAUUUUAUAUGUUAUAGGGAUGUAUAUUUAUGUGUAAGCAAUUAUUAUUGUAAGUUGGAAUACUGUUGAUUCCAAGUUGAGAUGUUAUGUGUCAAAUUUUACUGUACGUGAAAAAUGUGUUUUUGACUCUAAAGAAUAUCCUGUAUGUAGUAAUAUCGUGUUUAUUUCUUAUGUAGUUCCUGGUUUAAUAAAAUGCAUCGAUAUUUGUUUAUACUAGAAAAUUUGGAUUUAUUUUUUAUAUCUACUUUUAACUGUAUAUUUUGCUACUGUCAAGUAAUAUUAAGUUAAGAAAUUCGUAUUGUACUGAUGAAGGCUAUUUUCUAGAUUAGAUAAAUAUGUAUCUUUUGUGCUACCUAAUAUAGUAAUAUAAUUAGUUAAAAUAUUUAUAAUAAUAAUUACAAU